GGAAUGUCUCAAAGCGACUCCUUCAAUCUCUCGCGAGGGGCCGGUGAUCUCUGCGCUCUAUCAAGUACUGUGCCUGGACCCAUAGAGAGUAUGAUUGUUCUUAUUUACAUCUUAUUUUGAUGCUACGGGAUUUUUUUUUUUUUUUUUCCAAAGAAAAAUAAAAACUUGCAGGAAAUAUACAAAGUGCAUUCAAAGUGAGAUAAACAACCUUCUAAAACUACGUUAUGUGCUACGGAAAAGCUGUAGGAAAAUAAGGGAAAUAAUUCACCAAAUUUGUUCCAGUCAUAUAACAGUUAACUCAUUCUUUCUUAUAGAAAGUUCGGAUUGUAACUUCUGUCGGACAAAAGGUAUUAAUUUAUAUGUACUGUAAUUACGUAUCUGUUCAACCGGGGGGGGUUAGAAAGUUUAUUCAACAGCAAGAUGCUUCCUGUAUUAAUAACCCUUUGCUUUAUAAUAUAUCAAGUGCAACCCGGUCUGGGAUGCCAGCUUCCUUCUGAUUGGAGACACCUCAGUGAGGGAUGCAGAGCUGAGCUCGCAGAGAUUAUAGUGUAUGCCAAGGUGUUGGCGCUGCAUCAAGACGUGUACAGCAUGUACAAUUACUUACCAUACCAAUAUGAAGGCAGCGAGGGGGGGCUCUUCUACUCGGCAGAGAUUGAGCUGCUCUGUGACCAAGCCUGGGGCAGUAUGUUGGAGGUGCCCGCUGGAUCUAGACUGAACCUCACUGGUCUGGGCUACUUCUCCUGUCAGUCACACACUGUUGUACAAAACUACUCCUACAUCUUUUUUCUUCGGAUGGAUGAAAACUAUAACAUACUUCCUCAUGGAGUGAAUUUCCAGGAUGCGAUCUUCCCAGACACCCAUGAAAACAGAAGGACCUUUUCCAGCCUCUUUCAGUUCUCCAAUUGCUCUCAUGGACAGCCCCCCCAGAUGUUCAGCAAUGACUGGGAGGUACAGGAGGACAGCCGGCUCCUGUGCUCCUCUGUGCAGAUGGCCCUCUUUGAGGAGGAGGAUCGUACAAAGAGGCUGCAGGAGAAGGUGGCUGUCCUGGAGAAGCGCAAUAAGCAGCUGCGAGACCGCGUCAAGAAGGUCAAGAGGUCACUGAGGCAGGCCCGCAAAAACAGCCGGCGUAUGGAGCAAGCUAACAAGAAACUGCAGGAGAAACUGGUAGAGGCAGUCAGCGAGCACGGCCCCCAUCCUAACUCGCCCUCCAUUUUCCUUAAGGUGUAAUGCGCAACGCACGUGUUGCCGUGACUGUUGGUGAUCCAUUAACCUUGCCCCCUUUUUGAUGGGCACUCAUGGAGGUUGCUGGGCAAUCUUCAUUACUGAAAUGUUUUUUUGGUAAUGGUCACAAAAAUAUGUAUUGCAGUUAGUUCUUGUUAAACACAGGUAUGUAUAUAUAUAUAUAUAUAUAUA